UUCGGGCUCUCGUUCCCCAUACUUUUUGAAGCAAUGGAGUUUUAAUUAUUAUUGCGUAACUUAAUUUAUUUAAUAUAGACAAUGAGUGGUGAUUUCACCGAAGUUGCCGAUUCCUCUCAUGGGGAUGAGGAUCAGUCGGUAGAGGUUGUUGAGUUUUCUUCAUUCUUAAAUUAUUUACGUAAAGUUGUUGCCGUUCAUUUUCACGAAGAUGUUUCGGCACCACCCUCAUUGGCGGCCGCUAUUGACGAUCGAAAUAACCAGGACUGUAUCAAAAAGUUCAUCAGUGAUCCUCAAGUAUCUGCCCUACUUGUGCAAAAAAGCUCCACUAAAGAUGAUGAUGCUGAACAAAGUGGGGAGGCAGAUGAAGAGAAAGAAGUAUAUUUUAUUUCUAACGAGGUUCAUUUUACAAGCUCCAAGAUGACCAGCUUGGUGUUUACUAAACGCUACAUAGUCGUGGAGGCUGACAAAUCCAUCGCCAGUCAGCUGAGAGUGAACACAUUCAGCGAAGGAUCACCUUACGAAACACUCCAUGCUUAUGUGUGCAAAACCAUGGUUCCGUACUUCAAGAGCUACAUCAAGGAAUCUGGCCGUGCAGACAGAGAUGGUGACAAGAUGGUCCCCUCUGUGGAGAAGAAGAUGGCAGAACUGGAGAUGGGCCUGUUACAUCUCCAGCAGAAUAUCGACAUUCCGGAGAUUACACUUCCAGUACACGCGACUGUCGCUCAGGUAAUCAAACGAUGCACAGAAGAAGGCCGCAAGCCCAAAGUUGCUGAUUUUGGUGAUCGUGUAGAGGACUCGACCUUCCUCAACCAACUGCAGAACGGAGUCAGCCGUUGGAUCAAGGAAAUUCAGAAGGUGACCAAGCUGGACAGAGACCCGUCAUCUGGAACAGCUCUACAGGAGAUCAGUUUCUGGCUCAACCUAGAGAGGGCACUCUACAGGAUACAGGAGAAGAGAGAGAGUGUUGAGGUAGCAUUGACUCUGGACAUACUCAAGCAUGGCAAGCGCUUCCAUGCGACUGUCAGCUUUGACACUGACACUGGACUGAAACAAGCGUUGGCGACAGUCAACGACUACAACCCCCUGAUGAAAGACUUCCCCAUCAACGACCUGUUGUCCGCCACGGAGCUGGACCGUAUCAAGACGGCUGUACAGCAGAUCUUCAGCCACUUGCGUAAAAUAAGAAACACCAAGUACCCCAUGCAGAGAGCAUUGCGCUUCAUUGAGGCCAUCUCCCGCGAUCUUAGCGCUCAACUUCUCAAGGUGCUGGGUACCAGACGGCUGAUGCAUAUUCCCUUUGAUGAGUUUGAGAAGGUGAUGACGCAGUGUUUCAGUGUCUUCACUUGUUGGGACGAUGAGUACGACAAGCUUCAAGCUUUGUUGAGAGACUUGGUGAAGAAGAAGCGAGACGAACAGUUUAAGAUGGUCUGGAGGAUGUCUCCAGUACACAAACGGCUACAAGUCCGCAUGGAGCACAUGCGUAGGUUCCGUCACCAGCAUGAGCAGUUGCGCACUGUGAUUGUCCGAGUGUUGAGGCCCACACGACCAGCUGGUCUGUCUUCAGAAUCUACUGCAGAGGACACAGGGAAAACACAAGACCCUCUCAGUCUAGAAGCGGCCGACGCUAGCGCCAUAGAGGAGGUGAACCUGGCAUAUGAGAACGUCAAGGAGGUGGACUGUCUAGACAUGAGCAGAGAAGGUGUGGAAGCUUGGGAAGCAGCUGUGGCCAGGUACGAGGAACGUAUCGACAGAGUAGAGACUCGUAUCACGGCUCACCUGAGAGACCAGCUGGGAACAGCGAAGAACGCCAACGAGAUGUUCCGCAUCUUCAGCAGGUUCAACGCGUUGUUUGUGCGUCCUCACAUACGAGGAGCCAUACGCGAGUACCAGACGCAACUUAUACAACGGGUCAAAGAUGAUAUCGAGGCUCUACAUGAGAAAUUCAAGGUCCAGUAUCCGCAAAGUAACUCUUUUAGGAUGAGUUUUGUCCGAGACUUGCCGCCCGUCUCUGGAUCCAUCAUUUGGGCCAAACAGAUAGACAGACAACUCACUGCGUAUCUCCGCAGAGUAGAGGAUGUUUUAGGAAGGGGCUGGGAGAACCACAUAGAAGGACAAAAGCUGAAGGCAGACGGAGACAGUUUUCGUCUGAAGCUUAACACUCAAGACAUCUUUGAGGACUGGGCGAGGAAAGUGCAGCAGCGCAACCUGGGAGUGUCAGGACGGAUAUUUGCCAUUGAAAGCACUCGGUCACGUAUGGGACGAGGCAAUGUGCUCAAGUUGAAGGUGAAUUUUCUGCCAGAAAUCAUCACACUGUCGAAGGAAGUGAGGAACCUGAAGACACUAGGGUUCCGAGUGCCGUUGGCUAUUGUCAACAAAGCUCAUCAAGCCAAUCAGCUAUAUCCCUUCGCAAUAUCACUGAUUGAGACUGUCAAGACUUACGAGAGAACAUUGGAGAAGCUCACAGGUCGCAGUACAGCAAAUAGUCCAUCACUCAAGAUAGAAGAAAAGACCAGCAUUGUGCCUUUGGUGGCCGGUCUCCACAAGGAAGUCCAAGGUUUGAUUGCUGAGGGCAUCCAACUAGUGUGGGAGAGCUACAAGCUGGACCAGUACGUGCAGAGGUUGGCAGACCUGGUAGUCAGUUUCCAGGAGAAGGUGGAAGACUUGCUAGUGUUGGAGGAACAGCUGGACGUCGACGUUAGAUCCCUGGACACUUGUCCCUACUCUGCCAACACUCUAGCAGAUAUUCUCAGCAAGAUACAACACGCUGUGGACGACCUCAGUCUGCGACAGUACUCCAACCUGCACAUCUGGGUCAACAGGCUCGACCAAGAGGUUGAGAAGAACCUAUCCAACCGUCUGCAAGCUGGUAUACAAGCGUGGACUGAUGCUCUGGAGGGUAAGAAGGAUGAGAUAGACCUCAGCAUGGACACCGACGCCCCGGCACAACCUACACACAAGCCAGGAGGCGAACCUCAGAUCACCAUUCAGAUCUACGAGGUACGCAUCACCAACCAAAUCAUGUACCUGUUUCCCAGCUUUGAAGAGGCGAGAACCAGGCUUAUGCAUUCAAUGGAGGCUUGGAUUGCUAUCGUAAUCUCCCAAACUCGACUACAGAGCACCAGAUAUCAGGUCGGCAUAGAUCGAGUCACUUCACAGACAUACAAGAAUCUGUUGGCAAAACUGCCACCAACUGUUAUGUCCAACGCUUUUGAAGCCAUCGAGAAGAAAGUCAAACAGAUGAGAGAGUAUGUAGAUGAGUGGUUCAACUAUCAGGCUCUGUGGGACCUACAAGGCGACACCCUCAACCAACGGCUGGGUGAUAGCGUCACUCGGUGGAUGAAGUGCCUCAACGACGUCAAGAACUCCCGCAAGACAUUUGACACGUCCGAGACCAAGAAGGAGAUAGGUCCGAUUGUCAUAGACUACGCCAAGGUGCAGAGCAAAGUCACCUUGAAGUACGACGCUUGGCAGAAAGAGACUCUAGCCAAGUUUGGAGUUCUGCUCGGCAAUGAAAUGGCUCAAUUCCAUUCGCAAGUGUCUAAGAGUCGUAACGACCUUGAACAGCAAAGUAUCGAGGCCGCAAGUACUUCGGAUGCUGUGUCUUUCAUCACUUACGUGCAACAACUGAAGAGAAACAUGAAACUUUGGGAGAAACAGGUGGAAGUUUACCGUGAGGGUCAGCGUAUCCUAGAGAGGCAACGUUUCCAGUUCCCCAACAACUGGUUGCAUGUGGACAACGUUGAAGGAGAGUGGAGCGCAUUCAAUGAGAUCAUCAAGCGGAAGGACUCUUCCAUUCAGACACAGGUCCAGAGUCUGCAGCAGAAGAUCGUAGCGGAGGACAAGGCUGUGGAGACUCGCACCAACGACCUGCUGCUGGACUGGGAGAGAAGCAAGCCGGUGGAGGGCAAGAUCAGACCUGACGAGGCGUUACAGCAGCUGCAGCUGUUUGAGAGCAAGUUCAGCCGUCUCAAGGAGGAGCGUGACAAUGUGGCCAAGGCCAAGGAGGCUUUGGAACUUCAGGACCCUAGUGGCGUCAGCUCCAGUGAGGACCGUAUGCUGGUGGUGUUUGAGGAGCUACAAGACCUGAGGGGAGUGUGGUCAGAGCUGUCCCGUAUCUGGCAGCAGAUAGACGAGAUCAGAGAGAAGCCGUGGCUGAGUAUUCAACCUCGCAAACUGCGACAACAACUGGACACUCUAACACAGCAACUCAAGGAGUUGCCUGCAAGACUCAGACAGUACUCCAGCUACGAGUAUGUCAAGAAAAUGCUGCAAGGAUAUUCCAAAGUGAACAUGAUGAUUGUGGAGCUCAAGUCUGAUGCUCUCAAAGAGAGACACUGGAAACAGCUGAUGAGGAAGUUGAGAGUCAACUGGGUCUUGUCUGACCUGACACUUGGACAGGUGUGGGAUGUAGAUCUCCAAAGCAACGAGUCCGUAGUCAAGGAGAUCAUACUGACAGCACAAGGAGAAAUGGCUCUGGAGGAAUUUCUUCGACAGGUGCGUGAGUCGUGGCAGAGUUAUGAGUUGGAUCUCAUCAACUACCAGAACAAAUGUCGUCUGAUCAGAGGCUGGGAUGAUCUGUUCAACAAAGUCAAGGAACACAUCAACUCAGUGGCAGCCAUGAAACUCUCACCUUACUACAAGGUAUUUGAAGAGGAAGCCCUGACCUGGGAAGAGAAGCUGAACCGGAUCAACGCUCUGUUUGACGUGUGGAUAGACGUGCAGCGUCGCUGGGUCUACUUGGAGGGAAUCUUCUCUGGAAGUGCUGACAUCAAGACUCUGUUGCCUGUGGAGACAUCUCGUUUCCAUAACAUCAGCUCUGACUUCCUGGGUCUGAUGAAGAAGGUGAGCAAGUCUCCCAUGGUGAUGGAUGUGUUGAACAUCCAAGGAGUUCAGCGCUCACUUGAGCGUCUCGCUGACCUGCUGGGUAAGAUACAGAAGGCACUCGGGGAGUACUUGGAGCGUGAACGCACGUCCUUCCCUCGGUUCUACUUUGUUGGUGACGAGGACCUGCUGGAGAUCAUUGGAAACAGCAAGAACAUUGCUCGACUACAGAAACACUUCAAGAAGAUGUUCGCUGGUGUGGCGGCCAUCUUGCUAAACGAGGAAAACAAUGUCAUCACUGGCAUAGCAUCCAGAGAGGGAGAAGAAGUGAAGUUCCUCAGCCCAGUGUCUACUGUGGAACACUCCAAGAUCAAUGAGUGGUUGACCAUGGUAGAGAGAGAGAUGAGAGUGACGCUGGCCGCUUGUCUGGCUCAGGCAGUCAAAGACAUUAAACAGUUCAAGGACGGACCCAUCGACUCUGCCUCCUACAUCCAGUGGUGUGACAAGUACCAGGCGCAGAUCGUGGUGCUGGCAGCGCAGAUCCUGUGGUCUGAAGACGUAGAGGCGGCUCUUCACCAGAUGAGUUCAGAUGCAGGGAUGGGACCUCUAGAACGAGUCUUGUCGCAAGUGGAGGCUACACUUACUGUACUGGCUGACUCUGUACUGCAAGAACAACCACCUCUGCGACGGCGCAAGCUUGAACACUUGAUCAAUGAGUUUGUGCAUAAGCGCACAGUGACUCGUCGACUGAUUGCUCACGGAGUGAACAGUCCGAAGUCCUUCGAGUGGUUGUGUGAGAUGCGCUUCUACUUUGACCCUCGACAGAACGAGGCUUUGCAACAGCUGACCAUCCACAUGGCCAACGCAAAGUUCUUCUACGGCUUUGAGUACCUCGGAGUACAGGACCGACUUGUACAGACUCCUCUCACUGACAGAUGUUACCUGACGAUGACUCAGGCAUUGGAGAGUAGACUGGGAGGAUCCCCGUUUGGUCCUGCAGGUACUGGCAAGACAGAGUCUGUGAAGGCUCUGGGACACCAGCUUGGUCGGUUUGUUCUUGUCUUCAACUGUGACGAGACCUUUGACUUCCAAGCCAUGGGACGCAUCUUUGUCGGCCUUUGUCAGGUGGGUGCUUGGGGUUGUUUUGACGAGUUCAACCGUCUUGAGGAGAGGAUGUUGUCGGCUGUGUCCCAGCAGAUACAGACGAUACAGGAGGCGCUGAAAACUCAAAUGGAUGCCAAGAAGGAAGGCACCAUCAGUGUUGAGCUGGUAGGCAAGCAGGUGAGAGUGUCUACAGACAUGGCCAUCUUCAUCACUAUGAACCCCGGCUAUGCUGGACGCUCCAACUUGCCUGACAACCUCAAGAAGCUGUUCCGCUCUCUGGCCAUGACCAAACCCGACAGACAACUGAUCGCCGAGGUGAUGCUGUUCAGCCAAGGCUUCCGGACUGCGGAGAAACUCGCAUGCAAGAUUGUGCCGUUCUUCAAGUUGUGUGAUGAACAGCUUUCAAACCAGUCGCACUACGACUUUGGCCUGCGAGCGCUCAAGUCAGUGUUGGUGAGCGCUGGCAACGUCAAGCGAGAUCGCAUACAGAGAAUCAAAGAGCUGAAGAAGAACAGCGGAGAAUCAGUCAUCGACGAAGCAGCGAUCGCAGAAAACCUUCCUGAGCAAGAGAUUCUGAUCCAGUCAGUGUGUGAGACUAUGGUGCCCAAGCUGGUUGCUGAGGACAUCCCGCUGUUGUUCUCUCUGCUCAAUGAUGUGUUCCCACAAGUGCAGUACACAAGAGCCGAGAUGAUGGGACUGAAGGAGCAAAUCCGCAAAGUUUGUCAAGAAGAGUAUCUGGUUUGUGGUGAAGGAGACGAACAAGGUGGACCAUGGAUGGAAAAGUGUUUCAUGGGAGAAACAUGGAUUGCAAAGGUGCUGCAACUGUACCAGAUUUCCAACUUGAACCACGGUCUGAUGAUGGUGGGUCCAAGUGGUUCGGGCAAGUCCACUGCAUGGCGAGUGCUGCUCAAGGCUCUCGAACACUUUGAGGGUGUUGAGGGAGUUGCUCAUGUGAUCGAUCCCAAGGCUAUCAGCAAGGAAGCGCUUUAUGGAGUGCUGGACCCCAACACUAGAGAGUGGACCGAUGGAUUGUUCACUCAUAUUCUAAGGAAAAUCAUUGACAACUUGAGAGGAGAGAUCAACAAGCGGCAGUGGAUCAUCUUUGACGGUGACGUUGAUCCAGAAUGGGUCGAGAAUCUCAACUCUGUCUUGGACGACAACAAACUGCUGACUCUUCCCAAUGGGGAGCGACUGUCGCUGCCUCCCAACGUUAGAGUCAUGUUUGAAGUGCAAGACCUGAAGUACGCCACCCUGGCCACAGUGUCACGUUGUGGAAUGGUCUGGUUCAGCGAGGACGUCCUCUCAACAGAGAUGAUCUUUGAGAACUACUUGGCUCGCUUGAGGAACAUACCUCUGGAAGAGGAAGACGACGAUUCACUUGGCUUUGCACCAAAGAAAACUCAAAGCGAGAGCAAAGAAGAGGAAAUCUCUCCAGCCUUGCAGGUUCAGCAAGAUGUAGCAAUGAUUCUUCAGACCCACUUCUCCCCUGAUGGUCUGGUAGUGAGAUGUCUUGAGUAUGCGAUGAAGCAGGAACACAUCAUGGACUUCACCAGACUAAGAGCUCUAGGAUCACUCUUCUCAAUGAUCAACCAAGGCGUCAGGAACGUGGUGCAGUACAAUCACAGCCACGCUGACUUCCCUCUGCCCCCUGAGCAGUUAGAGCAGUACAUACCCAAGGUGCUUGUCUACUCCCUGCUGUGGAGCUUUGCAGGGGACGCCAAGCUGAAGGUGCGCCAAGACUUGGGAGACUUUGUGAGGUCUGUCACCACAAUCUCACUGCCUCCAGCGAUCAACAACAUGCCCAUCGUCGACUACGAGGUAAACAUCCAAGGAGAAUGGUGUCUGUGGUCAGCCAAGGUACCUCAGAUUGAGGUUGAGACACACAAGGUGGCAGCUCCAGACAUUGUAGUUCCUACACUAGACACUGUGAGACAUGAGGCGUUGCUGUACACAUGGCUGGCUGAGCACAAACCUCUGGUACUGUGUGGACCGCCAGGCUCAGGUAAGACCAUGACACUGUUCUCUGCGCUGAGAGCUCUCCCUGACAUGGAGGUGGUCGGUCUCAACUUCUCCUCUGCCACAACCCCUGAGCUGCUGCUCAAGACUUUCGACCACUACUGCGAGUACAAAAAAACUCCCAACGGCGUUGUACUGUCACCUGUCCAGCUGGGCAAGUGGUUGGUGCUGUUCUGUGAUGAGAUCAACCUACCAGACAUGGACCAGUACGGUACACAGAGGGUGAUAUCCUUCUUGAGACAACUGGUGGAGCAUAGGGGCUUCUACAGGGCCAGUGAUCAGGCGUGGGUCUCUUUGGAGCGGAUACAGUUCGUAGGAGCUUGUAAUCCGCCGACUGACCCUGGCCGGAAACCAUUGAGUCAUCGCUUCCUGAGACAUGUUCCAGUCAUCUACGUAGACUAUCCCGGCGAGACCUCCCUCAAACAGAUCUAUGGAACGUUCAGCCGUGCCCUGUUGCGUAUGAUCCCCUCGCUGCGAGGGUUCGCCACGGCACUGACCAACGCUAUGGUAGAGUUCUACCUAGUCUCGCAGGAGAGGUUCACACAAGACAUGCAGCCUCACUACGUCUACUCUCCCAGAGAGAUGACUCGCUGGGUGCGAGGAAUCUGCGAGGCCAUCAGGCCACUGGAGAGUCUGACCGUGGAAGGCCUGGUGCGGCUGUGGGCUCACGAGGCUCUCAGACUGUUCCAAGAUCGUCUGGUGGAGGACUCAGAACGUCGGUGGACAAAUGAGAACAUUGACCUGGUGGCUCUGAAGCAUUUCCCCUCUGUGGACCGAGAGGCUGCGCUGGCCCGGCCGAUACUGUACAGCAACUGGUUGAGCAAGGACUACGUACCAGUCGACCGUAACCAACUGAGAGACUACGUCAAGGCCAGGCUCAAGGUGUUUUACGAUGAGGAACUGGAUGUGCCUCUAGUGUUGUUUGACGAGGUGUUGGAUCAUGUGUUGAGGAUCGACCGUAUCUUCCGCCAGCCUCAGGGUCACCUGUUGCUCAUUGGAGUGUCAGGCGCCGGCAAGACAACACUUUCUCGCUUUGUAGCUUUCAUGAACGGCUUGUCCGUCUUCCAGAUUAGGGUUCACAACAAAUACACAGGAGAGGACUUUGACGAAGACCUCCGAUCAGUUCUGAGAAGAUCCGGGUGUAAAAAUGAGAAAAUCGCUUUUAUCCUGGACGAGUCUAAUGUGCUUGAGUCUGGAUUCCUGGAGAGGAUGAAUACGUUGUUGGCCAAUGGAGAAGUUCCGGGGCUCUUUGAGGGUGACGAGUACACCACCCUGAUGACCCAAUGCAAGGAAGGUGCUCAACGCGAGGGACUCAUGUUGGACAGCAACGAGGAGCUGUACAAGUGGUUCACUGGCCAGGUGAUGAAGAACUUGCACGUCGUGUUCACUAUGAACCCGUCCUCGGAGGGACUCAAGGACCGAGCGGCCACCAGUCCUGCGCUGUUCAACCGUUGCGUGCUCAACUGGUUCGGGGACUGGAGCGACAGCGCACUCUACCAGGUUGGUAUGGAGUUCACCAACAAGUUAGACCUGGAUGGAGCACCUAAUUGGAAAUCUCCGGACUUCUUCCCCUCAGCAUUCCCAGGUCUGCCUACAGCCCCUACACACAGAGACGCUGUCAUCAAUGCUUGUGUCUACGUGCACCAAACACUGCACAAGGCCAACGCGAGGCUGGCCAAGAGAGGCAGUCGCACCAUGGCGAUCACGCCGAGACACUACUUGGACUUCAUCAACCACUUUGUGAAGCUGCACAGAGAGAAGUGUUCUGAGCUGGAGGAACAACAGUUGCAUCUCAACGUAGGUCUGGGCAAGAUAGCAGAGACCGUGGAGCAAGUGGAGGAAAUGCAGAAGUCUCUUGCUGUCAAGUCUCAGGAGUUGCAAGCGAAGAACGACGCCGCAAACGCCAAGUUGCGUCAGAUGCUUCAAAACCAACAAGAGGCAGAGAAGAAGAAGGUGGAAAGUCAGGAGAUUCAACGGCAGAUUGACCAACAGAAGGUGGUGAUUGCUGAGAAACAGAAGGUGGUGAGCGCAGACCUGGACAGAGUGGAGCCUGCGGUCAUUGAGGCUCAACAAGCUGUGAAGGAGAUUAAGAAGCAACAGUUGGUAGAGGUGAGGUCUAUGGCUAACCCACCAGCCGUAGUCAAGAUGGCGUUGGAAUCCAUCUGUCUACUGCUGGGAGAGAACGUGGCGGACUGGAAGGCAAUCAGAACUGUGGUAAUGAGGGAAAACUUCAUCAACAGCAUCGUAAACAACUUCUCCACGGAGAAUAUCACAGAUGACGUCAGAGAGAAGAUGCACACUCGCUAUCUGAGCAAUCCGGAGUAUACGUUUGAGAAGGUCAACAGAGCGUCCAUGGCUUGUGGUCCCAUGGUGAAAUGGGCAGUGGCACAGGUGAGUUACGCCGACAUGCUGAAGAAGGUGGAACCGCUGAGGGAAGAGUUGCGAUCGCUGCAGAUGCAAGCCACGGAGAACCAGACGAAAGGUGAAGCGACGACGACACUGAUAGCCAAACUGGAGGAGAGCAUCGCAGCGUACAAGGAGGAAUACAGACUACUGGUAGAGGAGGCGUCAAUCAUCAAGACGGACCUGGACUGUGUGAAGGCUAAGGUGGACAGAUCCAUCGCACUACUCAAGUCUCUAGGUAUUGAGCGUGAGAGGUGGGAGGCGACCAGUGAGACGUUCAAGUCUCAGAUGGCCACCAUCAUUGGAGACGUGCUGCUGUCCUCCGCCUACCUAGCCUACGCUGGGUACUUUGACCAACAUUACCGACACAACCUGUUCUCCGCGUGGUGUCAGCACCUGACCCAGGCUGGCCUCAGUUUUCGCCCGGACAUUGCUCUUACCGAGUACCUCAGCAACCCAGACGACAGGUUACGUUGGCAAGCAAACGCACUUCCUACAGACGACUUGUGUACUGAGAAUGCUAUCAUGCUUAAGAGAUUCAACCGCUAUCCGCUCAUCAUCGACCCGUCAGGUCAAGCUACGGAGUUCAUCAUGAACGAGUUCCGAGACCGCAAGAUCACCAAAACGAGUUUCUUAAACGACUCUUUCCGCAAGAAUUUGGAAUCUGCUCUGCGUUUUGGAAACCCUCUUCUUGUGCAGGACGUUGAAAACUACGACCCCAUCCUGAACCCUGUGCUGAACCGAGAGCUGCGCCGUACUGGAGGGCGAGUGCUGAUCACGUUGGGAGACCAAGACAUCGAUCUGUCACCCACAUUCAUCAUCUUCCUGUCAACUCGAGACCCGACAGUGGAGUUUCCUCCGGACAUCUGCUCCAGAGUCACGUUCGUCAACUUCACAGUGACACGGAGCUCGCUACAGUCCCAGUGUCUUAACCAGGUGCUCAAGGCGGAACGACCGGACAUUGACGCGAAGAGAUCUGAUCUGCUCAAACUGCAAGGUGAGUUCCACUUGCGACUUCGUCAGUUGGAGAAGUCUCUUCUGCAGGCCCUCAAUGAAGCAAAGGGUAAAAUUCUGGACGACGAUUCAGUUAUCACAACCUUGGAGACGUUGAAACAAGAAGCGGCUGAUAUCGGACUCAAAGUCGAAGAGACUGAUAAGGUCAUCGCUGAAAUCGAAACAGUCUCUCAACAGUACAAACCUUUGUCUCAGGCUUGCAGCAACAUGUACUUCACCAUGGACAGUCUGAAUCAGGUCCACUUCCUGUAUCAGUAUUCUCUCAAGUUCUUCUUGGACAUCUUCAACUCUGUGUUGUUCAACAACAAACAUCUCACAGACAUCUCGGACUAUAGUCAGCGUCUGGCGGUCAUCACCAAGCAGCUGUUUAAUGUUUGUUAUGAGCGUGUGGCUCGUGGGAUGUUACACACUGAUCACCUGGUAUUGGCUCUGCUGUUGUGUCGAAUCCAUCUGAAGGGUGUACCGUCAGAGCCAUCCCUAGACCAGGAGUUCCACUUCUUCCUGAGAGGCAAAGAGGGUGUCACAGGCAAUGAGCAGGUUCCCAGCAUCGACGGCCUCACUCAGGAACAGGCUGAAGCGAUGCUGCGGCUUUCCACAAGGAUGCCAGCUUUUCGAGGGAUGCAGAAGAAGAUAGACGAGAUGCCAGAGUUUGGUGCUUGGCUACAACAAGGAACCCCGGAGCAAGCAGUGCCUAGGCUGUGGCAGGAGGAGAAGCCAUUGACAGCUGUACAGACGGCCAUGCAUCAGCUGCUGGUCAUACAGGCGUUCCGGCCAGACAGAGUAAUGGCUGCCGGACAUGUAUUUGUGUCUGAAGUUCUCGGGGAACAUUUCACUCAAGCAGCCGAGCGGGAACUGGACCUUGGGGAUAUUGUGGAGACAGAGAUCAGUGCGGGAGUGCCAGUGCUGCUGUGUUCAGUGCCUGGGUUUGACGCUAGCUCUCGUGUGGACGACCUGGCCGCAGAGAAGAGUAAACAGAUCGCAAGCAUUGCCAUCGGCUCUGCGGAGGGCUUCAACCAGGCGGACAGUGUGAUCAACGUGGCUGUCAGAUCUGGCAAGUGGGUGUUACUGAAGAACGUGCACCUGGCGCCUCAUUGGCUGGUACAGUUAGAGAAGAAGCUGCACAGUCUACAACCUCAUGCUAACUUCCGUCUGUUCCUCACCAUGGAGAUCAACCCCAAGCUGCCCGUCAACUUGCUGAGAGCUGGUCGCAUCUUUGUAGUUGAACCUCCUCCUGGCAUCAGGGCGAACCUGCUGCGAACAUUCAGUACGGUUCCUGCGUCUCGCAUGAUGAAGGCGCCCAAUGAGCGAGCUCGCCUAUACUUCCUGCUAGCUUGGUUCCACGCUAUCGUACAGGAGCGACUACGCUACGUACCACUCGGAUGGGCCAAGUAUUACGAGUUUAACGAGAGUGACCUUCGAGUGGCUUGUGAUACUCUGGAUACCUGGAUAGACACAAUUGCAAUGGGCCGCAACAAUCUGCCCCCAGCCAAGGUGCCGUGGGACGCACUAGUGACACUGUUGUCUCAGUCUAUCUACGGAGGCAAGAUAGACAAUGACUUUGACCAGAGACUGCUACUGUCCUUCCUCUCUAAACUGUUCACUGCUCGGAGCUUCGAGGCAGACUUUGCUCUGGUGGCCAACCUGGACGGCAGUGGCAGACACAUUACAAUGCCAGAUGGAGCAAAGAGAGGAGAUUUCCUCCAUUGGAUAGAGAACUUGGCAGACAGACAGACACCUUCAUGGUUGGGAUUGCCGAACAACGCUGAGAAAGUGCUACUCACCACUAGGGGAACUGACUUGGUGAGCAAGCUACUGAAGAUGCAGCAGCUGGAAGAUGAAGAUGAGUUGGCGUAUGUGAGUGAAGAUGCUGUGAGGCUGGAUACACCCAGUCUGGACCAAGCCACUGACGGCAGACCUGCAUGGAUGAGGACUCUACACAACUCAGCACAGACUUGGCUGCAGCUGCUGCCCAACAACUUGCAGACCCUGAGACGUACGGUGGAAAACAUCAAAGAUCCGUUGUACCGAUACUUUGAAAGGGAAGUGAACUCUGGCGCAAAACUGCUCAGAGAUGUCAUUCAUGAUUUGGAGGAUGUGGUGGCGAUUUGUCAAGGAGAGAAGAAGCAGACAAACUACCACAGAGCUAUGCUGAGCGAUCUUGUGAAAGGCAUUCUGCCGGCGAGCUGGAGAAGAUACACCGUACCGCGAGGCUGUACAGUUAUCCAAUGGAUCACAGACUUCAGUCAACGAGUCAAACAACUGCAGAAGGUAUCCCAGCUUGUGUCCCAGGGUGGAGCAAAGGAAAUUAAGACGAUGGCCGUGUGGCUGGGUGGUCUGUUGAACCCCGAGGCGUACGUGACGGCCACCAGACAAUGUAUUGCCCAGGCUAACAGCUGGUCUCUGGAGGAACUUAUACUGGAUGUCACCAUCACAGACUCAAACGAGGCUAGUGUGGACGAGUGCAGCUUCGGUGUUAUUGGGUUGAAACUACAAGGAGCUCAGUGCCGCAACAAUCAGCUGUUGUUGACCUCUACAAUCAUGAUGGAUCUACCAGUCACCCUACUGCGUUGGACCAAAGCCUCUGCUGGUACAGAAGUAGCCCGGCAAGGGAAGUUGUCUCUGCCCGUUUACCUAAACUCUACAAGAACUGAACUGUUGUUCACUGUAGACCUCAACAUUGCCCCUGGCCAAGACCACCAUAGCUUCUAUGAGAGAGGCGUCGCUGUACUUACAUCAACGGCUCUCAAUUAACAUGCACGCUUAAACUUACGUUACAUUAAUCAUCUUUAGUAUAAGGUAGAUAGAAAUGCUUUAAGAAAUCUGUGUUUGGGAACUUAAAUGUUUAUUGUAAUUAUUUAUACUGUUUGGGUUUUGUCCAUGAUGUGUUGGAAAAUGUGUUUAACUCUUAAUGUCAUGUGUAGUCUUGUCUUUUACACUUUGCUUAGCUUGUCACAGUACGUAUGAAGUUUUAGAGGAUCGUUCUGAUCCGUAUUUUAAUAAAAUUUGUAAUUCUGUGAUGAAAUAUGUGUUCUCCAUUGUUUUUAAAUUAUUUCAUUGAAUGUUUCGUGAUAGUUUGUGAAUGUUAAACCAUAUGUAUUAAAUUCUCUAAAAAUGUGAUGAACUUUAAACACCUAUCAUUAACUUAUUUAAUUUGUAUUCAUGUUAUUUAUACUUCUCCUGCACUAAUAUAUAUAUGUUUUGUUAUUAUAUUGUAUUGUUAAAAUGAGCUAUAGAUUGCAUAUGUAAUACAAUUUUCAAAUAAAACAAUUUAAACAAUGCAA